AGCAGAGGGAGGAAGAGGCGGAGGACAACAGCUGGUGCGGCGUUUUGCAUGAAAAUAGAAGAGGCGGACAAACAUCUUUAACAACGGCAUUGAUGCAGCAGGAGACUCGGGUACGGGUGACGGCGUUUUCUGUUUGGACGUACGGAAUGAACUCGCGUACGAAUGCCGGGGGUCUGCCUCCCUGUGACAAAGUUGAGCUAGAGCGGAUAUCAAGUUGAAAGAAAUCCCGAUUCCUUUGUCCGGUCGGCGAACGGGAGAUGUUUUAUUCACCAGUCUUGCCGGACCGGGAGACGACUUAUUUCCAGGAGUGCAUCGUUUGCUCGUAAUUGCAAAGUCAGAGAGAAUGAGGUGUCGCUGGGUGAAGCAUGAGCCCUCGGAGAAUCAGUCAUAGGCGGCUGUCUCUGCUAUGGAUAAGUGCGGCUCUCGGCCUCUGGCUCUGCUGCGGAUGCAGGACCUCGAGGGCCGUGGCCGCGGCCGGCGGAGACGCAGCCGGCGGAGUCGCCGGACCGGGCGAAGGCGCUCCGGGCGGCUCGCUCGCCUGGCUACUGUCGGAUAAAGGACCUUUCCACCAGUCCUUGGAGUUCACCGAGGCUGCGGAGAGAAACCAGCAAGGCUUUAGCACCAGAUACAAGAUCUACAGGGAGUUUGGUCGAUGGAAGGUCAACAGCCUGGCGGUGGACAAACGAGACAGUCUGGGCGGCGGCGGUGGCCUGACUCCGCCCCUCGACCCGGACUUCAUGCAGACCAUCCGCCAGCUGGGGAGGCGACCCUCGCUGAACACCAUCACUGAGACCCUCAUCAAGAAAUAUGGCAGCCACCUCCUGCUCUCUGCCACGCUGGGAGGGGAAGAGUCCUUAACCCUUUUUGUGGACAAAAGGAAGCUGGUGGAGGAUUCGUCUGCCAGCAAGAACGCCAGCGAGCCCAUCACCCUGGAGGCGCUCCACCAGCUGGCCGCCUCCUACUUCACCGACAGGGAGAGCACCCUGCGCCGGCUGCACCACCUCCAGAUCGCCUCCACCGCCAUACGGGUAACUGAAACCAGAACCGGGCCACUGGGAUGCAGCAACUACGACAAUCUGGACACCGUCAGUUCUGUUCUGGUCCACAGCCCAGAGAACAAGGUUCAGCUACAAGGGCUCCAGGUCGUCCUCCCCGGCUACUUGCGGAGCCGCUUCAUCCAGGCGGCGCUGGACUACAUUGGCUGUAAAUCCGAGGGUCAUUUUAUGUGCCAAGACAGCGAGUGCUGGUGUGCGUGCGGCGUGGCCUUUCCGCGCUGUAACUGUCCCCACGCUGACCUGGACGCUCUGGAAAACAACCUGCUGCGCAUCAGAGAGGCCUGGAGGCGAACCGACCGGGAGUUUGAGGAAUCCGAGGAGUUCCAGAGUUUUGUCGGCAAGCUGCCGACUCACUACGGCGUCAACACGUCAGUGGUGGAACUUCUGUGGAGGACAGACGCCAACCUGCUGCAGCGCUACAGGCAGAUGGAGACCAGGACCAAGCAGCUCUUGGCCAAGACUCGCCGCACCGUCAACAAGAUCUUCAGCCUCAGCAGGAGGUGCCGGAAGAAGCCCAACAUAGUCCUGCACAGGCCCAGGUCUCUCCAUUUCUGGCUGGGCUACACCCUCUCCGUCUUGUACUGCAGUGAAAACAAGCAAGUGGGUGUCUUCAAUGAGGAGAGUCGCAGCUGUUCCUGCACCUACAGUCACCCGCCUUGCCAGGGCCUGAUUCCCUGCUCCACGGGCGACGGCCCCCGCUGCGCAUCCUGCUCCACGGAGAACCGAACCCGAUGCUCCAGCUGCAACGCCGGCUUCACUCUCAACCAGGGAACCUGCAAGCACGCCGUGCCCGACCCUACGGACCCUUACCUGGGCUUGGAGAGCGAUCAAGACCUGCAUGACCUGGAGCAGCGCUACCUGCUCCAGCGACGUGACCCACGCAUCACUUUGCAUGCAGUUUUUGUGAGCAACGAUGUGAGGAUUAACACCUGGUUCGACCCUUCGUGGAGGAAGCGAAUGCUCCUGACAUUGAAGAGCAACCGGGUGAGAUCGAAUCGCGUUCACAUGCUCCUUGGACUUGCUGUGCAGUUUUGCCUCACCAGGAACAGCACCCUUGAGCCGGCGUUUUCUCUGUUCGUGAACCCUUUUGGGGGCAGCCAUUCCGAGAGCUGGACCAUGCCUAUCGGCCAGCAUGGAUACCCCGAGUGGGAGCGGACCAAACUGGACAUUCCCUUGGACUGUUAUAACUGGACCUUGUCUCUUGGAAACAGAUGGAAGAGCUUUUUUGAGACAGUUCAUUUCUACCUGAGGAGCCGUAUCAAGGAGGGCACGUCAGUCGGAAGCAAGAACACUUCGGUGGACUACGAGCCUCUGGAGUCGACAGAGCCGCCAAGCAACUUCGGGUACAUGAAAGUGAACAGCAUGCAACUAUUUGGAUACAGCGUACAUUUUGACCCUGAAGCAAUCCAGGACCUGAUUCUGCAGAUAGACUACCCGUACACUCAGGGAUCACAGGACUCGGCUCUGUUGCAGCUCGUGGAGUUGCGAUACAGGGUCAACCGCCUCUCCCCGCCAGGGGCCGCCCAUGUGGAUCUUUUCGGCUGUCUUCUUCGCCACAGACUUAAGCUGGCCACGGCGGACGUGACCAGGAUCCUCACUGCCCUGCAAGCUUUCAGUGCCAGGCAACCAAACUACGCCGAGUACGAGGCCACCAAACUAUGUAGCUAGUGGCUCCCGUUUCCAUGUUUUGUAUUUGACUUGCCACAUAUGAGCUCGCUGGAUCCAUUUGUUGUCAAGUGAGUGGUCCAUUGUUCACGGCUUUGUUCGACAUCAAGUGUGUGCAAUUAAAAUCGAUGCUAAUGUCGCUGUAGUUUUACAGAUUAAAGAUGUUUA